AUGGUUGGAACAGAAAAGAAAUCAAACAACCUCUGUGCAGUUACGAAGACGAAAUCUGACGCAGUGUUCGAAUCCGUCGAUUCGAGUAGGCAGACGAAAGUUCAACGUAUGCUGCACAAGUUGAAGUCAACUACAAUGAAAGGCAUGACAAAAAUAAAAGGACAUCGCGACUCGUCUGCAGUAAAUCCAACUGACGAAACGCAUAAUCAGAAACAACAUGAAGAUAUUAUUGAUGAUGCUGACCUCCCUCACUGCCCAUCUCAAAAUAAUUUUGAGAACCUGAUGGAGAAAAACCAAUGGGAAGACUUGGUCAUCCUGAUAAAACAUGCUCUUUCUUCUGUGCGAGAUGACAAAUUUGGUUAUGAGAUGAUGAUUCCAUGUGGUUUAGUAAUGCGUAUAGCUCGUGAUAUUAUAACUUUAGCUCGAAAGGAGCCAUGUGGACUGAGAGGAUGUGUCCUCUUUAUAAACCUAGAGGACAAAAGUAAGUGUCAGAAUCUUGCAAAACUUGACUGUGAUCCAACAACUGUAUCAACAUUUGAAUUGUACCUGACUUUAAAGGAAGAUACAAGAGGAUGGUGCAAAUUGAAAAAAUUCUUCAUUUCCUUGAGUGGGUACCUAGACAAAAAGAAAAGUUUAGACUUAAAGCUUCUGUGUUCUGGAUAUGGCCUCGAGAAGAAGAAACUUUACAGGCUUAAUAACUAA